AUUCCACACUUGUAAAUUAAUAAAUUAAUUUUAUACAAUAAAAUAUCCAUUAUAUUAUUAAAAAUUAGCUUCUAUAACGACACUCUCUGCACACUUGCCGACUUUUACAAUUUGUAGAAUUCACGUUUGAAAUGGCAGAAUCUGUUACAAAAGAAUACAGCAAAAAAUUCGAGAACUCGGGAGGCUCAGAAAUGAGUAAAGAUCAUGAGCUAGACUCCGCGCAUGAUGCGUUCACAGGUGCCAAAAUGAAAAGCAAGGAGGAUCUUGAAGAUCCAAAGUACAAAUCAUAUACACACACCGUCGUAGUAAAGAAAACACCCACUAAAGGAUUUGAUAAUUUUCAACUCAUGGAAAGCGAAGCGCCUGUCUGUCACCUGGUGUACGAGGCCGUAGACAAUGGGUCAUUUUACCUGCAGUGGAAGGAGAACUCCAAGGAGCAAGUCGAGAAGUCAGUAAUGAUGAUGGUUCCAACCAAAACUGUCCCAAAAUUCAAGCUUACAAACGACGGUGGAAGGAGUCUUCUAAGCUACAAAGUUGCACCUGAUAAGAACAAGUUUUAUUCGUACAUCUGCCAGUUUCUGAAACUUGCCAAGGACUACAACUCAAAGUUCCAACUAAUGCCUGGAUGGAACUCGCUUUUACCUUACAAGUGCGACUUAUACCUACACUACGAAGAUAACAAGGUUUCAAAGGUUGAGUGUGAGCAUCCAUCAAUUGAAAAUGUAAAUUGUGUAGCAGUAGUAGGAACGAGCACAAAGUUGUCCACAAAAAUGACCAAGGAGCAAGUGGUAGCGGCCGUUAGAAAUAAGGGUUAUGCUCUAUCAUUCUAA